UUGGGUGUCGCCAUGCGGCUUGCACAUGUUCUUAGUCACGUAUAUUGACUUGGUCAAUUUUAUGAGACAUAAAUACAGCGGUACCCAUUUCAUUUUCUUUGCAACAAACAAAGUUCACCUCCAACUUUCGGUUAUUCACCAUGAUUUGGCUUUCAAGAUGCAGAAGUUUUGUCUUGGUCCUGUGUUUCUUCCUUGCCUUGAUGAACUUUCCUGCUGCUGAUGCUAGAAUUCGCCGGUUUAAAUGGGAUGUGAAGUACGAGUACAGGUCCCCUGAUUGUGUUAAGAAGCUGGUUAUCACCAUUAACGGUCAAAGUCCGGGGCCUACAAUCAAGGCACAACAAGGUGACACCAUUAUUGUUGAGCUUACCAAUAAUCUGAUGACUGAGAAUGUUGCAAUCCACUGGCAUGGAAUCCGACAGAAAGGAACACCAUGGUUUGACGGAACAGAAGGGGUGACUCAGUGUCCAAUUCUGCCUGGAACCACUUUCAAAUACCAGUUCGUUGUGGACAGAGCUGGAACGUACUUGUACCAUGCACAUUAUGGAAUGCAAAGAGAAGCUGGACUAUAUGGAUCGAUCCAUGUAUCACUUCCUGACGGAGAAUCGGAACCCUUUCAAUAUGAUUACGAUCGGAACAUCAUCUUGACUGAUUGGUACCACAAGAGUACUUAUGAGCAAGCAGUUGGCCUGACUUCCGUUCCCUUUCAAUGGGUUGGGGAACCUCAGUCACUUUUGAUUCAUGGAAAAGGAAGGUUCAACUGCUCUAAACUCAUCACUACAAGCUUGGACGCUGGUAUCUGUAAUGUCACAAAUCCAGAAUGCUCCUCUCCUUUUACAUUGACUGUAGUUCCAGGAAAGCAAUAUCGUCUCAGAAUUUCCAGUUUGACUGCUCUUUCUGCUCUCAGUUUCCAGAUAGAGGGUCAUAACAUGACUAUUGUGGAAGCAGAUGGGUACUUUGUGGAGCCAGUUGUGGUACAGAACUUGUUCAUAUACUCUGGCGAGACAUACUCUGUCCUCGUGAAGGCCGACCAAGAUCCUUCCAGGAAUUACUGGGUAACCACCAGUAUUGUCGGCCGGGAUGUCAGCCGGGAUCCCAGUAACACUCCGCCGGGGUUAGCCAUUUGGAAUUACUAUCCAAACCAUCCAAGGAGACGCCCUUCAACAGGUCCACCAACUGGCCCCGCUUGGAAUGACACAGCUCCACGGAAAGCACAGAGUAAAGCCCUCAGAGCUCGCAAGGGCUACGUCCAUCCUCCUCCUCCAAUGUCGGACAGGGUGAUUGUAUUUCUCAACACACAGAAUCAAAUAAACGAACGUCGUCAUUGGUCCGUCAACAACGUCUCCUUCACCCUUCCACACACGCCUUACCUGAUUGCACUCAAGGAGAAUUUAACCCAUGUGUUCGAUCAAACCCCGCCGCCCACUGGAUAUGACUUCCUGAAUUAUGAUAUUAACAUAGUCCAACCAAACACAAAUGCCACCUUAGGCAACGGUAUCUACAGGCUGGAUUUCAAUUCUACGGUGGAUAUUAUACUUCAGAAUGCCAACACCAUGUUGCCGAAUAACAGUGAGACGCAUCCCUGGCAUCUCCACGGACAUGACUUCUGGGUUUUGGGAUACGGGGAUGGCAAGUUUGAUCCGUUUAAUGAUCCAAAGAAUUACAGUUUGGUGGAUCCUGUGUUGAAGAACACCGUGCCGGUUCAUCCUUAUGGCUGGACUGCUUUGAGAUUUCGGGCGGAUAAUCCUGGAGCCUGGUUAUUCCACUGCCAUAUAGAAUCCCAUUUCUUAAUGGGUAUGGGAGUGGUAUUUGCAGAAGGAAUCGACAAGGUGGGGAAACUGCCUUCAUCCAUUAUGGGUUGUGGUGAAACUCUAGGUCGCCAUUCACCUUAGUAAAUUUUGCGGUUACUUUCACUUUCUUAGACAAAAUAUAAGAAAUGCAAAGUUAUUUAUUUAUUUAAUUUAUAGAAUGCAAAGUGAAUGUUUGAUUGUUUGUAAACCUUUAUUUUUGUAAAACAUUUGGAUGUAGCUUUGAAACAAGAUUAUGAAAUUCAGUACGUCUUUUUCCUCCCUUUGGUUUUGAGGAUUUAAUCGAUUACCAAUAGGCUCUCUAAAAUAAUUAGUUGUUUACACC